UUAGAAUACAUUUUUCCGUUGAGAAGUUUUAAACAGCUUUUACUUUCAGAGUGAAUGCAUUCAUUAACUAACAGCCAUUUAACCUACACUCAUGUGUUCGACAUUUGGAUGAAGUGAACAUCGGGAUGUCACCCGCUUGGUCGGAAUAUGUCACUAAUGUGUUAAUUGAGAGUGGGUACGUGUCCCGGGCCGCGAUAGUGGGCGCCGAUGGACGACGCUGGGCAACAUCGCCCACUUUGGAACUGUCUUCUGCUGAGAUUCAAGCCAUCACACGGGGGUUCGUGGAACCCAGCAGUCUCCGAAUGGAAGGGAUAUCACUGUGUGGCAAACGAUACACGUGUACGCGGAUGGACAGCGUUGUGAUGGUUGGGCGUGAGAGUGCCUCGGGCACGGGCUGUAUCGUGUAUCGCUGCAGGAACUCGCUGGUGAUUGGUGUGUACGAGGAUGGCGUUCACCCAGGAGGGUGUUACAACAUGAUAUGUAAAGUAGGCGACUAUCUCAGGGAGCAUGGUCUUUGAUUUUUACUUUUCUUUGGAGGAAUUUAUCCGAAGCCACGACCUUAGUUUGGGGAGAUAAGCCCCGGUCUUUCACAUAAAUGGACUCUGUAAAGUGAUUUAGGAUACGAGUGAAAUUCGAUCCCUGUUACAGGACACAGUAUAUAGUGAUAUAUUAUUCCUUAUUGAUACUAUCGUUCUGUGACUGCGUGAGAAAGUUAUUCUAAAACCACAAAGAGUUUAGCUAAGAAUUGCCGCCUUAAUACUCUUUAGAAAGUCUUUAAAUUGGAUUACAAUGAUUUUUUUAAAGAUCGAUUUGCGUUGUUUAAGUAGUAGAGUACAGGGUAUCGUGAAUGUUAUUUUUUGUGUAACAAUGAGCCAAGAUUUCUGUUUAAGAGGGCAUUGGUCCUUUCAUCUGUUAAAUAAAGUUGAUAUUUCUACAAUA